AAAAUUGUCUCUUAGAAAUACAACUAAUAUUUAGUAGUCAUUAUUAGUGAUUAGUGAUGGAGAUGAUGAUGAUGAUAAAAGAAGUUCAUGGUGAUGAUGAUGAUGAUCAAAGACCAGUCCACCAUGAGAAAAGGUUUGCCCUUCUGCAAGCAACAAGGGACUCGGAGUACGUGAAGAAAAUGUAUGGAGGUUACUUCAAUGUGUUCGUAGCAGCUUUUGGAGAAGAAGGAGAGAAAUGGGACCUGUUUAUGGUUGUGGAAGGAGACUUCCCUGAGUUGGAGGAGUUGGAUAGCUAUGAUGGCUUCCUUAUCAGUGGCAGUCCCUACGAUGCUUAUUCCAGUGAGCCUUGGAUUCUCAGGCUUUGCUUUCUCUUGCAGAUUUUGGAUUCCAUGGCCAAGAAAGUUCUUGGUAUUUGCUUUGGUCAUCAGGUUAUAGCAAGAGCCUUGGGAGGAAAGGUAGGAAAAUCUGAUAGUGGCUGGGAUUUGGGGAUAAGAAAAGUGAAUAUAGUGAAAGAUUUGCCUCCAUUAGUGACCAAGUUAUUAUUCCAAGAAGAAACAGAUGGUUUAGAUGAUGAUGAUGAUGAUGAUGAUGAUGAUAAUAAUGUUAAUGGUGAAAUCAUCCCAAUGAUCCCAUCUUCAUUUUCCAUCAUAGAAUGCCACCAAGAUGUGGUUUUGGAGGUCCCAACAGGUGCCAAUGUGAUUGCAUACUCAGACAAAACUGGUGUUGAGAUGUUCACAAUUGAAACUCACAUUCUUGGAAUUCAAGGCCAUCCUGAGUACACCGAUGAUAUUCUCAAUAGCAUCAUUGAUCGCCUUCUUCUUAAUCAAGACAUACAGGAGGAUUUGGCUGAAAAUGCAAGAAAUAUGUUACAAAAAACUGAGCCAGAUAGGAAGUACUUGGGGAAGAUUUGCAGAAAAUUUCUCAAAGGAAGACAGAUAUAAAUGCUUGUAAUUGCCUACUGAGCAUGUUAGUAAAAUAUAUAAAAAAAAAUUAAUAAAUAAAGUUAAGAUAAACCCAUGUUCAAGACCUGUAUCUCCCUAGCUCUUCACAUUGCCUAGCUCUUCCUUUGUAAUUAUUGUAUUUGGUGUGUUGUCUUGUGUGUUGCUUUUCCCUAAUAAGAAAAAAAAAAACCAUGCAUAUAUAGGACCACACGUGUUAAUAUAUGCAUGGUUUCAGAAAGUAAUGUGAUACUCAAUGCUCAAAUGUAAGAUCCAUGUGUUUAAAGA